AUGCGUCACUCUACUUCCGGCGUUUCCGCUUUAGGUUGCCAUUUCCAUUUCGCGUAUUUUUAUAGGCGUUUCGCAUUUUGCUUCACCGUUCCUUUUGGUUUCCGGCAGGUGCUCCUGCUGCCAGAGCAUCUAUUUGCCGUCAUCGUCAUGUGCACCAACUCCAUGAAGAUGGUCAUCGUCGAUUCCACCCGCCGUCGGGACGAUUCCUCGCCGUCGAUCGCCACCCUGGUCGCGUCUGCCUGGGCAGUGACUCCGCCGCCGCAUCAAUCUCCUCCCCGGAAAUUUCCUCCGGCGCGAUCAUCCGAGCUCUCCAUUGCCUUCGCCAGGCGCCAACUCACCGAAAUCCUCGCGCCCGCUGAAUGCCACCUUAACGAACUCGCUGCAUUGCCACUUCCGCUGUCCGGGAGGCCGCCAUCGGAGCCGAGCUCAUCGAAACCGCCUCCACCGGGCUCAACGUUUCCGUUCUCUCCGGAGAAGAGGAGGCGAGAUUCGCAUACUCCAGAGAAUGAGGGAUUUCUUAGGGGAGCUGUAAAGGAUUCUGGAUUGGUUCAUCAAGUGACAAGAUUCGAGUUUGAGUUGUUGCUGGAAGCUCCGGAACAAUUGGAGCAGUGGAGAAAGCAGUGUUUCAUGGCUAUGGCGACGUUAAGCAAGGGUUUUAAUAAUAAUAAGAAGAGGGUUAGAAAUGGUGCACGAUGUGCUGCCAUUGCCAAGGAAGGAAACCAUUUCAAGGGUUUCAGUGCUGAAGAGAUCAAGUUAAUAGCAUUUCUUGCAAGGCAUUACAGGAAGAAAUUCCCGUAA